AUAUUUAUUUAUCUUCAAGCCAUUGUUAAUUACAGAACAGCAAUUAGGAAAAACAAUCCAUUAUUAAAAAGAGCUGCGAAAAGAAUUUUCUCUCCAAUAUGGUCUGCACGAAAGCACUCGAUAUACUAUCAUAUAGAAGUUUCUGAUAAAAUACAAUUUAUGCAACUUGACCCAUCAGUAAGAGAUAUUAUAGAAAAGAAUUGUGUUGUAUCUCAGUCAGGAUUCAUUAACCAGCAUCAAGGACAAGAUGCAAUUUUAGAAGAAAUAAAUAAAGCUCUAAAAACUUUAAUACCUCCUGUUCUACAAAUGUGGCAUUGGAAAAUUGCGGCUCGAAAUUAUAAUUUCAUUAAUCUAACAAUGGACUUAAAAACUACUUAUAAUAGCUUGGGAGAGGAAUAUGAAUUAAGUUUACAAUUGAUAGAGUUCACUAAUUUAGCUAAGCAAGCUAGACGUGAAUAUAUUACUAAUGUUUUUAUUAAUAAUGACUUGGCUUCUUUAUUUAGACCAAUUCUGAUUACUAAACAAGAAGCCAUUGUGCAAACAAGUGAAGUAUCUAUAACGAAAGCAGAAAUUGUUUGCAAAAUAGAAGCAUUUCUUGAACAAUUAGAUGAGAGCGUUCAAAUAAAAUAUCGUGGAAUUAAAUCAAAAAAUCGUAGUGAAUUGUUAGUUAUAUUGGAAGAGGUAAGAUCUUUAAUUAACAAUGAAUCUAACAUUGAAAAUUUAGAGAUAUCAGAAAGUGAAAUAAGUGAAGUAGAACACGCUUAA